AUGAAAUCUGUUCUGGAAAGGCGCCUUCUCAGGCGGGAGCUUGGGGACAAUACUUCGUACGCCAGCAUCGCAGGAAUUUAUGGCGAUAAGGCUUGGAUAGAUGAUAUGGAUAUUGUUAAUGAGCUUGGUGGACACACUGGUUGCGUUAACGCUUUAAGUUGGUCAAAGUCUGGGAAGCUCUUGGCCUCCGGCUCCGAUGAUCAGCAUUUGAAUAUCUACUCCUAUCAGCCUGAAUCAUCCACUGCUGCCUUCUUCCUAAAUACUACCAUACAAACAGGACAUUCCGCCAAUAUAUUCUCCGUAAAAUUCAUGCCCCACUCCAAUGAUCGGACCCUCGUUUCAUGUGCUGGCGAUUCCGAAGUUCGGGUCUUUGACAUCGAGUACUCUGGUCGUCCCUCCGUGGCAACGGAAUUUGCCACAUCUGCUAGGAGUCGCCGAUUUAACAACUUUUUUAACGGAAUGUGGUACCUGACUGAGGCGAAUACGAAUGUACGCGUCUAUAGAUCUCAUGCAGAUCGAGUGAAACGUGUAGUCACUGAAAACUCGCCAUAUCUGUUCCUGACAUGCUCAGAAGACGGUGAGGUGCGGCAAUGGGACCUCCGUCAGCCGUCGUCUGCAUACCCUUCACCUCGUGGCGGCCAAGGUUUUAUGGCUUACAGGCCUGGUCGUAGCCACGACGACUCUAAUGUUCCCCCUCCGUUGAUAUCAUACAAACGAUAUCACAUUGACUUAAACAGCAUAUCCUGCUCGCCGAGCCAGCCACAGUACAUAGCCCUUGGAGGAGCCUACCUGCACUGCUUCCUUCACGACCGACGGAUGCUAGGUCGUGACUUUCUGGCUGAGCGGGGCCAAACGGGGCAAACUGAUGACAAUGCCAUGGGUCAGGCUACCAGAUGUGUUCGCCGGUUCGCACCCAAUGGCCAGAAAAAAGUCAAAUCUAGAGAUAGCGGUCAUAUCACAGCAUGCAAGUUAAGUGAUGCUAAUCCCAACGAAAUGGUUGUUAGUUGGUCCGGGGAUCACAUCUACAGCUUCGAUAUUAUGCGCAGCCCCGAUGCUAGAGACGUAAAGCAAACAGAGGAGCCAACUAUUCAAGAAAGCUCUGGUACUAGGAAGAACAAGAAGUCCAAGACUCGAAAGCGGAAGAGGGGAAAGGCCAAUUCUUCUGCGUCUAGGGCAAGUGAUAAUAGGCAUCAUUUACGGCGGAGGUCUGAGAAUGGACUCGACGGUGAAGAUAUGUCCUUCAGAGUUCGAUAUGGUAAUGGCUACUCUGAGAAUAUCCCGCUCGAUUCGCUCGCAGGGAAUGAUCAAGACGCCACUUCGGAAUUGAUAGAAAGGGCGCGGGAGUCGGUUCUCAAUGAGGCCCAAAAGUUGAGCUUGAGAAUUGCGAAGACUCUUGUUGAAAUUAGAAAACUGCUAUUUUCUGUUGAUGCGUCGGUGAGGGUGGCUGCUGAAACCGAACUAACACCGUUCACAGCAUCUUUUACGUCUAUUUUAGGCUAUGCAGCAACAUGUCUGUCUGAAAUGGAUGAGGUCAUCAGGACUUGGAGAUAUCCCCUCAAUCCGUCCCGUGAUGACGUUAUAUUUCAGCAGGCAUUGCGGAGAAACCGUGAAACUUCCCGUCGCUUCGUUCAGGCUUCAGGCGCCUUAGCAAGGGUGCUCGGAGGGAGACUUCAGACUCCAUCAGAUUUAGAUAGUCCUCAGCUGGAAUUAUUCCGCGAAAUAGUGCCUGCCCCAACUGAAAACGGAACGAUAGACCCUUCAGCCCAAUUUGGGUACGACUUCCUAAAAGCAAUUAUACUUUGGCUCGAAGGUGGACGUGAGGCACUUUUGCGCGGCUUCCGAUGGAGUCAUGCCCAUCGGCAUGACAGUGCGAGAUAUCCCAUUCCGGAACAUGCAGAAGACGACUCCAUUGAAACCAUCUUGAUUCCAUAUUUUCAGAAUCUGGCUGGUAGCGAGGCUGUCAUCAAUGUUGAUGCUUCCAGAUUUGAACAUGAUUCCUCUCGUGUCUUGUUCGACUCGCAAUCUGCUGCUGUCAACGCAUUUGCUGAAGCCAUAAAAUUGCCCUUGGAGGACCUGUCAGGGAGUGCCGCGGCUUUAGCAGCUGAAAAAAAUGGGGGGAGUAGCGAGAAUAGGACAAACCUGCAAGCCUUGGACCGGCGUGCUUCUUAUCGAUUUUGGGGCCUCAAAGUUGGGAGGGGAAUUCUCAUGGAGGUUGGUGAGGGUGUCAACUUCGAGUUUGUUAACCGCGCUUUUGGUGGUAUUCGGACUACUAUUGAGGAAGAAGACAAAGACGAUGAUCAAUGGGAAAAAGUCCAGGAGGAUAUUGAUCCCGAUGAAGAAGAGGAGCAGAUUGAGGAGGUCAGGCUGGUCAGUCGCAGAGAUCAAGAAAGAAGAAGACGACAUCGCCAAGCAAGCACUCCUAGGAGUGACCAAACUCCACACAAUCCAGAGUCACCCGUGCCUGACUCGGCAGGACAAAACGAGAUAGAUGGCGAUUCUAACGAAGACGAUUCAGAUCUUGGCAAUGACGAUUCGGAAGACGCAGAUGAUUAUCUCUCGGAGUCUGACGAUGAGGGCCAUGACGAAAGUGAUUCUGAUAGUGACGAAUUUGGUGUAGAUAGUGGUCGCCUAUUCGUCCGUCGGGGUGCAGGACAACGGAAUAUGGUUGAAAGCAACGUUCCAUGCUACUCACAUAUUAACGUUUACAGGGGCCAUUGCAAUAUCAAAACGGUUAAAGACGUGAAUUAUUUUGGAUUAGAUGACGAAUAUGUGGUCAGCGGUAGCGACUCUGGGCAUGUAUUCAUUUGGGACCGGAAAACUUCGGAUUUGGUCAACAUCUUGGAGGGAGAUAGUGACGUUGUCAAUGUUGUUCAAGGCCACCCCUAUGAACCAACACUUGCAGUUUCAGGAAUCGAUCGAACUAUCAAAAUAUUCUCCCCGGACGCUCAUGCUCAGAAUAACGCCCGCCUUGGAAUUAAUAUUGCGGAUCCCGAUGCGCAAGCUAACAUUGUUUAUGGAAAUCACCUUGGAGGAAACCAAACCGGUCGUCAAGAACAUGGGCUUAAAAGCCGGAAGUGCAUGCAGGACAGCUACCAGAUCAUGAGCCAAAAUGACAUCAACCGGCAGGGAGGGAUGAACGAAGCCUUCAUCACGAGGGGUAUGCUGGCCCGACUCGCUGCCACGCUGAGAGAAAGACAAGUUAUUCGAGGCACCGUGGAUACCCCGGAGGGGGGGGAAGGCGGGACCAUCGUCUUGGAUGAAAAUUGCAACGUGAGUUGA